AUGUUACAUGAACAAUUCACCUCAAACAAUAAUAGAAAACAAAAAGCUAAAUCAAAUAGUGACGAAUUCUUCAAUAUAUUAGGAAAAGUUAACAAAUUUCUGGAAUAUACAUUUUCAUUACCAAUGAAAAUAUAUGAUGAUUUUGUGAGUAAUAUUUAUGACUUAAUUACUAACAAUCUAGAAUCAUGUGCAAUGUGUACGUGUAUUACAAUAACUGCAACAGUGUCUGUUACAUGUAUUGCAGUUGGAGUUGGUAUUGGCACUGGCAUAGGUUGUUUUCGAUAA